AUGGGGAGGUCUCCGUGUUGCGAGAAAGUGGGUUUGAAGAAGGGUCCAUGGACACCGGAGGAAGAUCAAAAGCUCUUGUCUUACAUCCAGGAAUAUGGCCAUGGAAGCUGGCGUGCUUUGCCGGCUAAAGCAGGGCUCCAAAGAUGUGGGAAGAGCUGUCGACUAAGGUGGACUAACUACCUGAGGCCUGAUAUCAAAAGAGGAAAGUUUAGUUUGCAGGAAGAGCAGACCAUCAUUCAACUCCAUGCUCUUCUCGGAAAUAGGUGGUCAGCUAUAGCAAAUCAUUUACCUAAAAGGACAGAUAACGAGAUCAAGAACUACUGGAAUACACACCUCAAGAAAAGACUGACCAAGUUGGGAAUCGACCCGGUGACCCACAAGCCCAAGCACCAUGAAGCCUACGGGUCUGGCAGCGGCCACGCCAAGGACGCUGCCAACCUGAGUCACAUGGCUCAGUGGGAGAGCGCACGGCUUGAGGCCGAGGCCAGGCUGGUCAGAGAAUCCAAGCAGCUCCUCAUGGCCAAUCACCCUCUCCAGCUCCAGCACCACCAGCUCCUCAACAUCAGCCCCUCCAACCAACCUCACGGACUUCACAUGAGCAAAGCUGCCGCCGCCACUUCAGCACUACCGUGCCUGGAUGUGCUCAAAGCUUGGCAAGGGGGGUGGUCGACAAAGCCGAUAAUCCUAGACAACAACAGUAGUAAUAACACGAUUGUUUCGGGUAUGAGUUUGAUGAUGGCCAUGGACGACCUCGAGUCUCCGACGUCCACGUUGAACUUCCCUGUAGCGUACAACAACGCAGCGUAUCCAAUGCAAUCUCUUAACGCCAAUAAGCAACUGCCUGAGUUCAAGCAACAACUGGAGAACACGAUGGUGCUGCAAGACAAUCAUGAAUACAAUGGAUGUAUGGAUGCAAGUACGACUACUACCAACGCGUGGUUCGCGGCUGAGGACGGUAUGUUUAGGUCAAGUGGCGAAAACGCUGACGACAUGAACAACGUCAUGCUGCCAGCUGCUGCUGCUGCGCUGUCGAAUAUCAUGGAGGGUUUCUGUGGCGGCACCACAGCGGGCAUGUUGGUUUACAACUCAGAUGACCAAAAUAUGGCCGCCGGGGAUAUAUCUGAUACUGGCGGAGAUGGAAGUUGUGGGCACAGUGGCAACGUUAUUGAGGAGAACAAGAGCUACUGGGACAGUAUACUUAACUUGGUGAAUGCUUCACCAUCAGGGUCGCCUGUGUUUUAA